AUGUCCAACAAGAGCGAAGUCGAUUUCAACAAGACCGUGGGUCACGAUGCCGGUACACAGCCGGUAGCGUGGAACCGCCGCGAUCUCUUGACCUACGCCGUGAGUAUCGGUGUUGGUCCCAAGGACCUCGACUACGCCUACGAGCGCGAGGCAGGAUUCCGCGCUUUCCCCACCUAUCCCGUAGUGUUGGGUCUCAAGGGUACAUCGCAGGACACCACCGUUUUCAGCGAGAUGGUUUCUUCCCGAUCCGCCGUGCCAGGCUUCCCCUCGCUCGACCUCAACACCAUCGUCCAUGGUGAGCAGAGCAUCGAGAUCCACGCACCCAUACCCGUCAUCUCUGGCGAAGGCUGGAAGCUCGAAAAGCGCAUCUGUGCUGUACACGACCGACCCAACGGCCUAAUCAUGGAGACCGAGGUGCGUCUCAUCAGCCCCGUCGGACGAAAUCACGCCACCAUGGUCGGUAGCAGCUUCUACCGCGGCGGCUCCCAGGGCACCAACUUCUCCAAAUCCCUCGUCCAAAAACCUCCCACGCCCAAAGCUCCCACCCGCGACCCCGACUUUGUGCUCUCCGAGAAAACCACCCUCCAACAGGCCAUGCUCUACCGCCUCUCCGGCGACUACAACCCCAUCCACAUCGACGGCGGUCUCGGCGAAAAAGUCGGUCUCGGCGGCACCAUCCUCCACGGCCUCUGCUCCUUCGGCUUCGCCGCCCGUGCCGUCCUCAAAGCCGUCGACAAGAACGACGGCGUUCCCGCCAACACCACCGGCUCCAAAAGUAGGUUCGAACUGCAAGCCUUCGCCGUGCGCUUCACCUCACCCGUCAAGCCGGGAGACGAACUCGAAACCAAAGUCUGGCUCCUCGGUCACGACAAAGACGGCCGAAAGGAGAUCGCCUUUGAACAGUUUGUCAAGAAUACCGGCAAGAAGAGUCUUGGUGCAGGCUACGCGAGGGUCGUAGAGGUGGCCAAUGACGAUGUCGCUCGCUUUGCAAAGCUCUAG